AUGACGAAACAGAGGCAGACCGCGCUUGCUGCCGUAGACGCCGUCAACCGACUUGACGGACAAGCCAUCCUACGCAUGCGGAGUCCCUUGUGUAACCGCGAGAUCUACCCCUCCUCCAUACAAGCGAGGCCCCAAGACGACGCUGCCGUAUUGCGUACCAUAAACUUGUUCCGCAACCUCUUCAAAGAAGUCCAUCUGAACGUGGACGAUAUCGUCGAAGACAUCCCUGCUCACAAGAUAUGUCUCUGGAUCACAUCACGUGGAACGACCGUCUCUGGCCCGUUUCAAAACGAAUCUGUUUGGUUGAUGGAGUUCAACAACGCGGGCACUGAAAUCAUACGAUGGAAAGAAUUUGUAGACUCGUUCGUGACAAAGAAAUUCUUCCCUGAAGUAAUGGCCACCGAACACGAAGAUCUCGAUGAGGACGCAACACGCAGUGACAGUAAGGUUUCCGCCGGCUCGUCACAGCACAGCAACAUUUCAACCCGCGGGAGUUCAACCUCUUUAUCAACGAGCUCAAGGGGGUUGAUGAGGUCUCCUUCUCAAACUCCCUGUACGAUCAAGGGAAACGGACGAACCCUCGGCGAGUUUCGCUGA